CAUUCAUCAACACAUUUAUUUUCCAAAACAAAAAAUGACCACAAAGGAAAAUGUCACACUAUCCACGUCGAUGGGCAACAUAACAUUUGAGCUCUAUUGGGACGAUUCUCCGCUUGCUUGCCAAAACUUUUAUACCCUCAGCAAGCGCGGCUACUAUGACAACACGCUUUUCCACAGAAUAAUCCAGGACUUUAUGAUACAGGGUGGCGAUCCCACAGGGACAGGUCGCGGGGGAGAAUCUGCAUUCGGCCGUAAAUUUGAAGAUGAAGUUAAUAGGCUGAAACACACGGGAGCGGGCAUCCUCAGCAUGGCUAACAGUGGGCCCAACACGAAUGGCAGUCAGUUUUUCAUAACUUUAAAACCCACUCCUCAUCUGGACGGCAAGCACACUGUGUUUGGAAGGGUAUCGAAGGGAAUGGAGGUUGUGAGGAGUCUGGGGCUGGUGGCCACCGACGCGAGUGAUCGGCCAAGAGAAGGAGUUAAAAUUUUGCGAACAGUCAUCGAAUGAGUCAAUAAAAUU